CAUGCAAUGCAGCCAGAGUUAGCAAAGGAAAACCCCGUCUGGAAAUUUUGCCUUCCUGUGGCCCUCAGGCAAAGGAAAGGUUUAGAAAGUCGCCAGAAGGUAUUUUUUUGCAGGAGCGGUCACUCCCCAAAUCCAGGCAAGGAAGGGGAGGAGUCUGGGCCGUGUCCCGCCCUUCUCCAGUAAACUUCUCCAGCUCCAGGUUUGGAGGCAGAGUCGGAAGGGCUGGGAGUAGCUGCACGCCCCCACGCUUUCCCCAUGGUUUCGGUGACUAGAGCCGUGUUCGGAGACCUGCCCUCAGGGGCAGGGACAGUGGAGAAGUUCCAGCUGCAGUCAGACCUGCUGAAAGUGGACAUCAUCUCCUGGGGCUGCACCAUUACGGCCCUGGAGGUCAAAGACAGGCAGGGCAGGGCGUCAGAUGUGGUGCUCGGCUUUGCAGAGUUGGAAGGGUACCUCCAAAAGCAGCCCUACUUUGGAGCAGUGGUUGGCAGGGUGGCCAACCGAAUUGCCAAAGGAACAUUCAUGGUGGACGGGAAGGAGUAUAAGCUGGCCGUUAACAAUGGGCCCAACAGUCUGCAUGGAGGAGUCAGGGGCUUUGAUAAGGUCGUCUGGACCCCUCAGGUGCUGUCAAAUGGUGUCCAGUUCUCGAGGAUCAGUCCAGAUGGUGAGGAAGGUUACCCUGGAGAGUUGAAAGUCUGGGUGACAUACACACUGGAUGGUGGGGAGCUUAUGGUCAACUACCGAGCUCAGGCCAGUCAGACCACACCGGUCAAUCUGACCAACCAUUCUUAUUUCAACCUGGCAGGCCAGGAGCACAACAUGGCUUUACUAAACUUCUUCACAAGAAUCCUGGAAAAGGUGGAGGCAUUACUGGCCCAGUUUUACCCUGAAGGAAAAGCGAUUCUAGGAGCACCUGGGUGGCUCAGUCGGUUAAGCAUCUGGCUCUUGACUCCAGCACAGGGUUCCCCAAACAUCUAUGACCAUGAAGUCACUAUAGAAGCUGAUGCCUUUUUGCCGGUAGAUGAAACCCUGAUUCCUACAGAUCAUCUACACAUCAGAGACCACGUGACAACUCCCUGCAGCUUCUGUUCCCUGAAGUGCAGGUCUCCGUCUCCCGAAGCUCCCCAAGCCACCAGCCUUGUAACCCUGUCAGAGAAGCCUAGGGGGUAGCCUGGGAGUGAUUUGUAUUUGAAUAUAUCUGUAUUUGGCUCUGAGUGAGCAUGCCUCAUCUUGCCUUCCAGAUCUCCAUUCCAGAAUUCUCCCCAGAACAGAGAGAGGGCAGCUCCUAAAUGGAUAGUUUAUGAAACUGACCCUCCAGGCAGUGCCAGAUGCACAGACCCAGUCGAAUGCAGGGUCUGCAGAAUACACAUCCCAGAGAGGAUAAUGACCACAUCCUGCAGAUAAUGAGACCUAGGAGGCUGGCCCUGCAUUUCAAGGCUCCCUUCCUUCUGACUCCACUAGUACCAACGCAGGCCUUCUAUGUCCUGACUAAACCACAGGAGGCUGAGCAGUCGUGGUGGUCAAUAUUUCUCCACAGGGGGAGCCUGGGGCACUGGUCUCAUUAGAAGGGAGAUUGGGGCGUGCCUUGAAACUUAAAUCGGAGGUUUAUUUGGAGUGAUUUGCAAGAAAGGGAGCACUGAUGGAGAUCACAGGGGCUAGAUCCCCCACAUAAUGCCAUUUCCUAGCCCUGCCACUCUGCCAGUUGACCAGAAAGGCUGGACUGAUUUCUUUCCUCUCUUCUCUACUGGUUCUAUUCUCUGACCCGGGGCUGUUAGUGUAAUUUGGCUGUCUUCAGUUUCCACCUUUUUCGGUGUCAGGAUGCCAGCCACCUUCCCUGCUGCUCUCCUUGGCUUCCUGUGAACCAUGACAGUGGGAUCCUCAUGGCUCUUGGAGGACAGCAGGAAGCCAUGGGUCUACCAUGAGCCUGGGCUGCCUAAUCACACUGCUAUCGCUGGGGCCUGCCCACGCUACUGUGAAGCAGCAAAACAACAUGCAGGAAACUUCUUCUGCUCCAACAUGUUCCCCUUUUGAAAUCAGCCAGCAAACCCCGAACACUCUCUCUCUGUGUGGUCAGGCAGAUGGGCUGUCCUCUCAGGCUAGAGGAGUAAGGGACCAUUGGCAGACUGAGCCCGGUGGAUCCAGGAGGAUUUGGGGAAGGUAGUAGCCUUAAGUUCUCAUAGAUCAACAUCCAGCCCUAGCAAUGCACCUGCUCUUGGGCAGUGGACACCCCCGGAUGCCAUGAAAAGUGAUGGGCACAGGUGAGGAAGCUUCGGCCAGAAAUAGAAAAUGCCUCUGACCUUGGUGAAGUGAGUCCUUGGUGUGACAUUGAACACACAAGUGCUGUUUAAAAGGACCAACUUUGGGGUGCCUGGCUGGCUCAGUCAGUAGAACAUGCAACUCUUGCUCUCAGGGUCCUGAGUUCAAGCCCCACAUUGAGUGUAGAGAUUACUUAAAUGAAUAAAUAGCUCUUAAAAAUAAAUAAAUAAACAAACAAACAAACAGGCUGAUUUUGACACGUUAUAAUCAGGAAAACAAAGUAGUUAAAAGCAUGAACUCAAACCCUGACUGUUUAGGUUUAAAUCCAGCUCUGUGACAUUAGACAAUUUAUUCAGCUUCUGCAGACUUCACGUGUAAAGGUACUAAUUGGACCUCCCUCGUUGGUGGUGAAGAUUAAAUGCAGUAAUACAUGUAAGGUGUGUAGAACAUCAAGUCCUGGCAUUUCAUAAGAGCUCCAUAAGGAUUAACCACUAUUAUUAUCAUUAUCAUCACCAUCGCCACCAUUUCUGCGUGUUCAAUAUGUACCAGCCACUGAGCUAAGCACGUACACGUCGCUCAUUUAACCUCCCUUUGAAAUAGGUGUGUAAUGCUUCAGUUAUGCCUCAGUUGAGGAAACAGACAUUUGGAGAGGUUAGUUGACCUGCACACAGUUAAAUAGGUAAGUUAUUGGUGAAUUCAGGGUUUGGAGCCAAAUUUCCCUUGGCUAUGCUGUCUGUUAUCACCGCUGGCCACUGUCCGUAAAAACAGCUAUGUUACUGAGUACUUCCUGCAGACUGGGUAGGAUGCAGGGCGCUUUUAUCUUGUUUAUCAGAAUCCCAUGUUUGUCAGAAUCUUCUUAUACCCAUUUUACAGAUGAGGAAAGCAAGGUUCAGAGAAGCUAAGCAACCUCCACAAAUUUUUACAGCAAAGAAGUUAAAUCCAGGCUGCCUGACUCUUAAAAUCCAUUCUAACAUCUAUUGAGUUUGACUGCCAAACAAGUGAGCAAGAUGCCCCUGGGAGGUUGAUAACAGUAAUUGGUGAUCGUGAAGCCUGAUACCCAAUAUAACCCAGGGCGACACUAUUUGCCUAAUUAUAGCCCCAUUUUCUGAGCUGCCGUUAGGGGCAAUUUCCACUUUCUCUGAUGCUUCACUUUCCUGCACUUUCUGAAAGCUGUUGAUGUGCUCAGAUUAAGACAAGCUCCUGUGUAUUUCACAUGUUAGUUUAUUGCACAUCCUGCAGGAAUAUGGAGGAAUCAUAAAUAGUCCAGAAGGAAGUCCCAAUGGAUUAUGCAAAGCCUUUGUCACAUUGCUAUAGGAGGAGUUUGACAGUAGACUCCCAGACUACGUUUCUUGACCCAACACCUGACGUUAUGUGACUACGAUAUUCCAAAUGUGCAUAUUUCAGUAUCAGAUCAUGAGAGGGCAACUUGCUUGGUGAUGAGUAGGGUCUAGGCAGAAUAUAUUCACCAGCCUGUAUAUCGGGGAUUCUUAACCAGUCCUGAAUGACUGGUCUUCAGAGGUUCUGAGAACAUUCUUUAUGUAUGUAUGCAUUUUCCUAGAGAGAGAGAGCCCAUAACUUUUACGAUAUUCUCAAAGGAGUACGUGACUCAAAAACCAGUUUGAGGGGGGCCUGGGUGGCUCAGUUGGUUGAGCGUCCGACUGUGGCUCAGGUCAUGAUCUUGCAGUCGGUGAGUUAGAGCCCUGCGUCAGGCUUGGUGCUGAGCCUGGAGCCUGCUUCAGAUUCUGUGUCUCCCUCUCUCUCUGCCCCUCCCCUGCUCGUACUCUGUCUCUCCCUCUCUCUCUCAAAAAUAAAUAAACAUUUAAAAAAAUUGAAAAAAAAAACCAUUUUGAAGACUGUACCACUCUAGAUUAAAAACCUAAAUCUAAAUCUAAAUCUAAAAAUCUAAAUCUAAAAAUCCUGAGAGAGGAAGCUUCAAAAAACAAAACUAAACCAAAAAAACCCUGAAUCCUUUUUUAAUGAAAAUUGCAAUGCUCCCUGGAGGCAGAUAUGCACCUUCCUUUUGCAUCAAUGAUUUAUGCUAUAAUGAAUCAUUGUUCUCUCUCUUCUCUGUUUCUGGAGAGAGAGAGCAAGUAAAUAACAGAGAGCACUAUGUGCAGGUUCUGCCCUAGAGAUAGGACUUCCUUCAUAUCCUUCUCUCAAUUAAACCUCACAAUACGUGUCUUAGGUAUAUACCACUAUUAGCUCCAUUUUAUAAGUAAAGAAAUUGAAUCUUACAGAGGCAUAGAAACUUACCCAAGGUCGCCAAAAAAUGAAUGAAUGUGGAGAUUCAGUGACUCUUGCAGUGACCAUCUGUUCGUUUCCUCAGAGAGUCGGGCACUGGGGCCAUCAGGCAGAGAAAAGAGCUAUUUGUGAUGAUGAGAAAUUGAAAGCAUUGAAUUAAAAUUCACGCCAGGUGAAUUUCCUCAGACACUGAGAGAGUGUUCAUGCCCAGAUGUUACAGAAACCAUUUCACUGGACCCUGUCCGAUCGGGAGUUUAAAGGACUAAUUCACCUUCUACACUCUGUUUCUUAAGUCAGAGCUGGGAGCCUACAGGAUAUGUGUAAUAUAAAUGCAUCUUGUGCCUACGCUUUAGAUCUCAACUUCACAGGUGAGAGGACUUCAUUCUCAUGCUUGUUCUGCCCUGCACCUUGUCCAGUGGGCCAGUCCCAACUUAAUCCUUCAAGAUUAGGCUCCUGUCACGACCUUUAGAAAACUUUUCCAGACCCCCCAUGGCUGCACCGGGGACUGCUUUUCCCUGCUCUGCCAGCGCCUAUUGGAUGCCAGUCUCAUCACAUUUGUCAUACUCUCCUGUCCGUAUUAAUUUUUUUUAUCUGUCUCCUUCACCAGAUUCUAGGCUCCCUGAGAUCAAGUUCAUGCCUGGUACAUAAAAGAUGCUCAAAAAUGCGUGAACUAACAACUUUGUAUUUGUUUUUUCCCACUCAAAAGCAAUUGCAAGGAUUAGUGGGGUUUUUUUUUUAAUGUUUAUUUAUUUUGACAGAGAAAGAGAGAGAGAGAGCAUGAGCAGGGGAGGAGCAGAGAGAGAGGCAGAGAGAGGAUCCCAAGCAGGCUCUGUGCUGAUAGCAGAUGUGGGCUCGAAACCACGAACCGUGAGAUCAUGCCCUGAGCUGAAAUCAAGAGUCAGAUGUUUAACCAACUGAGUCAUCCAGGUGCCCCCACAUGGACUAGUGUUCUUAAGGAAGAACCAAUUAAAGUCACUUAUGACUGUGGAAUAAAAGCACAGGGGUGGGGGGGCUUCAUUAACCUUCUGUCAAGACUAGUUAAGUGCCAAGAGGUGAAAACAUCCUAAGGCAGUAUACCAGUCUAUUGCUAUAUAAUAAAUUACUCUACACUUCAUAUAUAAUCUUUGUGUCCGUGGUCAGGAAUUUAGACAGGCCAUAUCUUGUCUCUAGAUGUGAUGUCUGGGGCUCAUUCACUCACAUGUCUGACAGUUGAUACUGGCUCCUGCCUCGGGGCCUAGCUGGGGCUAUCAGCCAGAACACCCCACAGAUGGCCUUUCAAUGUGACUUGAGCUUCCUUAUAACAUGGCGGUUGACUUCCAAGGGCAAAUAUCCUGAGAGAGCAAGGGCCAGGCCAAAACCACUUUGUAUUUAUUACCUGAGCCCUGAAAUCACAUCGUAUCACUUGUGCCACGUCCUAUUCGUUGCAGCAGUUACAAAGGUCCUUCCCAAUUUGAGGGAACAAAGACUCCAUCUCUCAGUGAUGGAAUGUCAGCAUCACAUUAUAAGUAGAGCCUGUGGAAUGGGAUACAUACUGGUGUGGCCAUCUUUGAAAAGGGCAACCUGCCACAAGCAGUCAUGGGGAAAAGGCCAAAGUCUAUAUAAUAGAAUAUGUAUAAAAACCCCUUAUGUGAGAUAAGAGAUGUGAAUCAAGGCAGAUGGAGUUCAUGAAGGCAGUGUGUUUUUCCUUUGCUGCCAGAAGGCAGGUAAUUAUAAUUCUAUCAGGAAUGCCAAUAGGGAGAGGAAGAUUUAACAACCUGUGACGGAAAUCUGGAAUGUUAGGGAGUCCUGUUUCCAAUUAUGAGGUCUACAUCGUCUUCUUGCAAGGAUGGGGCAGCUGUGGUUGCCAGAGUGACACAUCUGUUGAGGUCAUCUACAGACAUCACCUCAUUCCUGGCUCACUGUCACUCCAACACACUCUUGUCAUAGUCCCUAAUUAUUUCAUUAUCCAAGCUGUUGAUAUUCUGAUCUCUCAGCUUCUUGACAUCCUCUGUUCCAAUGAUCUUGUCCACCAACCUUCUCAGUUACUCACUUCCGUGGUCAUUGGGUCAUACCCUUGACUUUAUCACCACCUCUUAUUGUAGCCGUCUAUAAUCCCUGUCUAAGGUAUCUAUUUCAGCCCCAACAAUUCUCUGAGGCCACACGAACCUGCAGUCCCUUGAUCCUACCGUCCUUUCACUGCCCCUAACCUGCUCAUGAGCUCUUUCCCCACCCACUUAAAUCAGAAGUCUGUCAUUGGAAUCACCUCUUUGCAUAUGCCCUCCACUCCCUCACCGUCUCCCUCUUCUGUGUGUUCUCCUAACAAACCCAACCCUGAUUAUUUUUUGUUUGUUUGGUUGGGUUUUUUUGUGUUUUUUUUCCAACCCUGAUCAUUGCCCCCCACCACACCCUCCAUAGCUGCCACCCUACAGGGACUGAUCUCACUCUAAAUUCAUGACAGUAACCCCAGGUGGGUCUGCACUGGUGCCUGCAGUCAGGCUUUCCUUGAAAUGGGGAAGCAGAAAUGCUACCUACCUCAGGCUGCUCAUCUGCCCCAGAGCUGUAACCUCAUAUCUUUGGGUCAGAGCCCAUCAUCUGCCAGGCAUGUGGCAUUGCUGCUCAGGCCUUAAUGCACACUCAGCCAACCUUCAGUAGCUGAAGAAAUUCUCUUCAAAACAACAGCUUCUCUCUGCUUUCUGGUGGCUUCAAAACCAAAGUCUGGUGAUGUGACAUCCUCUCUGAGGGCACCCUUUCCAUUUCCGCUUCAAUUUUCUGUACACUCAGCGUUGCUGAGAGCGCUAUUUUGAUGUCUUCUAUUCUUAGCACCAAAGCACAAAGUCACAUAUGCAGAUAGACCAAAAUUAGAAUAACAGCACAUUGAUUUUCCAAAUUCUUUGAGAACUCACGAACACUUGAGGGCUUGGGGGUGGAAAAGGCUGUUACCAAGUCACUCUGGGGUGAGAGGCCUGGAGACUUUGACACUAUGGAGAUGUGUCACCUUGGGCAAGUCCCUUUAGCUGUCUGGGUCCCAGUCUUCUCAUCUGCAAAGCGAGGGGACUGGAUGAGGUAAUUCCUAAGGCCUUUUCUAGAUCUUUCUGACUUUGUCACAGGAUGCUAUGACAUUCACAGUUGGCCCUGUUUUUUCUGCCUCUACUUCAUUCAUCCAUCCAUCUUUCAAUCAAGUGAAGGCUCGCUUCAUGCUCAGAAGGUACAAAGAUAAAAAGGACACAAUUCAUACCCUCUUGGAGCUUGAUAUAAUCGUAUGGUUAUGUCUUAAAACAACAAAUGUUUGGGGCGCCUGGGUGGCUCAGUCGGUUGAGCGUCCGACUUCAGCUCAGGUCAUGAUCUCACCGUUCGUGAGUUCGAGCCCUGCGUCAGGCUCUGGGCUGAUGGCUCAGAGCCUGGAGCCUGCUUCCGAUUCUGUGUCUCCCUCUCUCUCUGCCCCUCCCCCAUUCAUGCUCUGUCUCUCUCUGUCUCAAAAAUAAACAAACAUUAAAAAAAAAAUUUAAAAAAACAACAACAACAAAUGUUUUGAAGAAAGUAUGUUCAAAAUGUGAUAGGAACAAAGUAGAAAAGGAGAUCAGGGGGGUAAGGGGGAAGAAAAGAAAAGAAAAGGAGAUUAGUUCUAGCUGUGGAGGCUACAAUCCUUCAGAGGAAGUGGCAUUGGAGAGUAAGUAUUCUUAAACAACUUUGCCAGGAUGUGGGGGAAGCAGGGACACAGAAGACAUUGAAGCUGUGAGAAAGGUCCCAAAGAAGGCAUGAAUCUGGGGGACAAAUUCCAAAGUUUUCCAUGUGCCUGAUCAGUAGAUACAUGAGGUCCACAGGUCAGGGCGUGAGGCUGGAAAGAGAUUGGAACCUUUUCUCUUUGUUUCUUCUCAUUUAGUAAAAAUCUCAUUUAGAAGUUUCUCAGUUUUAAGUCAGGGCUUCUCUGCCAUUCUCGAAGUCUUACCCCCUCUCUAGGCUCUCCUUUGUGUUAUAGAUGCAUCCGCAAAUUUAGCCUGUUUAUUUAUGCCAUUGUCCUGAAACCAUUCAAGUAUUUCAUUUGUUGAGUAUUUCCAUGUCAUGUAUAGGCAGCAAAUAAUAGCUUCAUUUUACAGAGAGAAAAGCUAACAUUGAUUUGUAGAUUGCUCAGUAUCAGGUAAACAGACCUGAAAUAGACCCUAGAACCCUCCUUCAUGAACAUUCCAUGACUUUAUUUUUACCUUGAAGUCAAGAGAAAUAAGUAAUCUUGACUGACUUGUGCAAUAUUACAUUGGGACUGUCAUAAGGGUCAGAUUUUGAGUCAAGUAUGGCUUUAAGGAACUAAAUAUUGUGAAUACCAUAUAAAGUUAGGGAGGAAAGCAUAACAGAAAUUAAUACUCAGAAUAUGAGUUGGUAAGACUACAGUCUUCUUGAGCCCAUGAAAACAGCUGCUGCUUUUUCCCGGACUAAGUUUUUCAUAAGGAAACAUUUUGCCUUUUUAAAAAUCAGUGUGAGGGGCACUUGCAUGGCUCAGUUGUUGGGCCUCCGACUUUGGCUCAGGUCAUGGUCUCACAGUUCAUAGGUUCAAGCUCCAUGUUGGGCUCUGUACUGACAGCUCAGAGCCUAGAGCCUGUUUCAGAUUCUGUGUCUCCUUCUCUCUCUGCCCCUCCCCUGCUGGCCCUCUUUCUCUCUCUCUCAAAAAUAAACAUUAAAAAAAUUAAAAAUUAAAAAAAAAAAUCGGUGUGAGAGGUGGUUGGUCACCCAAACUUCACAAGACAGUAGCACACAGGUAAGUAACUACCAUCCAGGAUUUGGCCUUAUGGCCUGAGGGACCCAAAAAAACAACUAUUCAUUCUCCCAAAACUGAUCAGGGUUUAAGCACGCUCUUUAUAUUGUGUCUCUAGCACCAUCUACUGGGAAACAAAGUGACUUUACUUGGAUUCUUAGUUGAAAGAUGCAGAAACCCAAGUCAGGUAGCAAAGAGGAGAGAGAGAGGAAGAAGCUUAGCAAAUUCUAAGAAACAGAGGGUUACGUAUAUUAUAUUGAAGUUUCUUCUAUAAAGAUGUUACCACUAAAACAAAAUUACAAACUGUCUCACUUACCAGAAAGACACAUAUAUACACACCAUAUAGUAAAAAGAUUUCAAAAAGUAAACAACUAGAAUUCAUGAACACAAAAAGCAUACCAUAAAAUGUAAUGACAGACUAAGAAUACUUAGAACAUGUAUAUGUCAUAGUAAUGCCAUAAAACGCCUCUAUUAAACAAUAGUCUCUCAGAUUGAAUCACAAAGGAAACCCCAAGGGAAGGCUGUGUAUUAACCAAGUCGUACAGAAAGGUUGAAAACAUGAGAUUUCAAAAGCAAACCAAGCAAAUAAAAGCCAAAUGAAAGCAGGGGGUCUCAGUCUUAACAUCAGUAAAGGCUGAUCUCAGGACAGAAAGCAAGACACUUUGUAAUGAUAAAGGACAGAAUUCACAAGGUGCCUGGGUGGCUCUGACUCUUGAUUUCGGCUCAAGUCAUGACCUCGCAUGAACUGCACCUUGAACUCCACAUCAGGCUGUGCGCUGACAGCACAGAGCCUGCUUGGGAUAUUCUCUCUCUGCCCCUCCCCUGCUCUGUCUCUCUCUCUCUCUCAAAAUAAAUAAAUAAACUUAAAAAAAAAAAGGAUGAAAUUCACAAUAAAAAUUCACCAUAUCUGAGACCGUAAAGAAAACCUCAGGUAAUUUCACAAAAUACGAGUAAUACAGCCAAUGCUUGACCUAGAAAUGCUUUAACUCUUAAUAAUUCUUGGAUCAAAAGGGAACUCAAACCCUAAAACUAGCAAUAACUAGAAAAUAAGUAAAUAAUAUAUCAUAAUUAAGUAUAAUGGAAAUAUUUACUUAAUACAUAUUAGAAUAUAUAAUAAAUGGGAAUAUGGUGUUAUCAUUAUAUAUAACGGAAACUCCUACAUGUGAUAUCAAGCCUAUUGCUCAGAAGAACAUUGAAGCACUAAAUACUUUGACUAAUCCAAAAAAUGUGAAAAUAAAUGAAUUAGGCAUCUAAUGCAAGAUAUUUGAAAAAGAAUAACAAAAUAGGGUCACCUGGGUGACUCAGUUAGUUAGGUGUCCAACUUCAACUCAGAUCAUGAUCUCAUGGUUCGUGGGUUCAAACCCUGCAUCAGGCUGUGUGCUGACAGCUCAGAGCCUGGAGCCUGCUUCAGAUUCUGUGUCUCCCUCUUUCUGCCCCUCCCCUUCUCUCUCUCUCUCUCUCUCUCUCUCUC